AUGCUCCUUGCGAUCUGCAUACUAGCAACGUUAGCUGCAUCAUCACCAAUCACAUAUAAUUGCAGAGAUAAUCAUGGAUCACGCUCUGAUUACCGGUUUGAAAUCAGACACGAUGUUGUUAAGCAGAAAAAUGGAGAUCAAGCGGUAGAUAAAUACAACAAAAAUGUUAACAAACAUUAUUCAGUCAAAUCUAAAGACAUUAAAAAUCGUAUCGAUGAAUAUAAAGAUCUACAAAAAGAAAAGAAAGAACAAAGAGUCUAUGACAUAUUUGAUUAUUUUAAAUUUCAUCCGGAAAUAAAAUUCGGUCAUAGUUUUUAUGAUGGAUUUAUAGACAAUACAGACCCAAGAAAUGAUAGAGAAGAUUGGGAAACAGAUGAAUCUAACAAUUCGGAUGACUCUAAUAAAGACAAAUCCAACAAAGAUGUCACAAAAAGUUUUGAUGAACAUAGUAAUGAUAACGAGGGUGAAUUCGAACAGAAAAAUAGUCAUGAUGUACAUGAUAAAAACAAAAGUUACUCUAGUGAUUUAGUUGACUUUAUCGAAGAUAAUAAAGAUGAAAUACAAGAGAAAGACGUUGAAUCAAACCAAACAGACGUGCAGAUUACAUCAAAAGAUAAUAGUAAGCCAGAGCAUAAAGAAAAUUCCGACGACAAAGAGGACGAAAAUAUCUCAGUGCAGGACAAAGAAUCUUCUGAUUCCAAGACUGAAGAACACAUUUCUUAA